UGUAAACGGUCAUACUAAAGUAACAAAUGUGCACCCUGGCAUCAGAAUAAAUAAGGCAAAGGUGUCAAGAGCAAGAGAAGCCCUGGGAGAGGCCUUGCCUGCAGGUUUCCCAGAGGCAUCUAGUGGGCCACUGGGUGGAACGAGAUGUUGGACUAGGCCUUGGGCCUGAUCCAGCAGGGCUCUUCUUAUAUUCUUAUGAGAGAGAGUUCAGAGGCCCGGUAAGAGGCUACAAAAGUGCAACCAGAAGACUCACAAGGAAGAACGCAAGACCCUCAGAAGGCUAAAAACCGGGAGACUGGUGCCUUAGCUGCUGCCAAAGUCAUUGAGACCAAGAAUGAAGAUGAACUGGAGGAUUACAUGGUGGAGAUUGAGAUCCUGGCAACCUGUGAUCACCCUCACAUUGUAAAGCUGCUAGGAUCCUUUUAUUACGACAGCAAGCUAUGGAUCAUGAUUGAGUUUUGCCCUGGUGGAGCCGUGGAUGCUAUUAUGCUAGAACUGGAUCGAGGCUUGACUGAACCCCAGAUCCAAGUGACCUGCCGCCAGAUGCUAGAUGCCCUGAACUACCUCCAUAAGAAGAAGAUUAUCCAUCGGGACUUGAAAGCAGGCAAUGUAUUGCUGACCCAGGAUGGAGACAUCAAGCUUGCGGAUUUUGGAGUAUCUGCCAGAAACAUGAAGACUUUGCAAAAACGGGAUUCCUUCAUUGGCACGCCGUACUGGAUGGCUCCUGAGGUGGUGAUGUGCGAGACCAUGAAAGACACACCCUAUGAUUACAAGGCUGACAUUUGGUCCUUGGGUAUCACCCUGAUAGAAAUGGCCCAAAUAGAACCUCCUCAUCAUGAGCUCAAUCCCAUGAGAGUCUUGCUGAAAAUAGCCAAAUCUGACCCUCCCACACUUGACUAUCCCUCAAAAUGGUCUCCAGAUUUCAAAGAUUUCCUGAAGACUGUGCUUGAUAAGAACCCUGAGACAAGGCCAAGUGCAGCACAGUUAUUGGAGCAUCCCUUUGUCAGCAAGGUCACUAAUAACAGAGCGCUACGUGAGCUUGUGGCGGAGGCAAAAGCUGAAGUGAUGGAGGAAAUUGAAGACAAUAGAGAGGAAGGAGAAGAGGACUUGUCAGAAUCUACAUCUCCUCAUGAUGUUCACAAGAGGAACUCCUCUGUUGCAAGCCAACUGAGUUUGGAAGGAGAGAAGUCUCCUGAAAGUGACUUGUCACGUGUGACCAAUGGACCCAAGUUGCCGUUGGAGCAGGUCAAAGAAGCCAUAAAUGGGCAGAGCAGCAAGCUUUCAGAUGAUGUAGAUGGCCAUGAGAAACCAAAAGAAACGAGCAGCAGUUCAGACUUGUCUGGGACAGAGUGCUAUAGAGAACUGCCUGGUACCAAAGAGAAGUUGGGCACCAGCCCCCAGUUGUCACUCCUUGAAGAGAAGCUAGUAGAGAACGGAGACCUCAGCCACCAAAAAAAGGACACUAAACCAGCAAGCAAAGAUGAUUUGAAUGUGGGAAGCCAGCUAGAGAACAGCCUCCUUGAAAUAUCUACUGAAGAAAAACUUCCCAAUGGGAGUUUGAAUUCUGAGCUUGAGAAUGGCAGCUUCAAGAGAGACUCUGAUUCUGGUAGCACCUCUGCUUCAGAGAGCAUGGACCUCAGCAUCUCCUUGUCUGUCGACCUGUCCCUGAACAGAGGCAGUGGGUCCCUCUCCCUCAAGGAUGCAAAAAUGCAAAAGAUGACCCUGAAACGAACCAGGAGGUUUGUCGUGGAUGGAGUGGAAGUGAGUGUCACUACCUCAAAAAUCAUCAAUGAGGAUGAAAAGAAAGAUGAAGAGAUGAGAUUUCUCAGGCGCCAGGAGCUGCGUGAGCUGCGUCUGCUUCAGAAAGAGGAACACCGGAACCAGGCCCAGCUGACCAGCAAACACCACCUGCAACUGGAGCAAAUGCUGAAGCGCUUUGAACAGGAAAUGAAUACGAAGAAGAAAUUCUAUGACACCGAACUAGAAAACCUGGAACGUCAGCAGAAGCAGCAAAUUGAGAAGAUGGAGCAAGAUCACUCACUGCGCCGUCGUGAAGAGGCAAAGCGUAUCCGUGCUGAGCAGGAACGAGAUCUUGUUAAAUUUCAGGAGCAGCUGAAGCAGAAGAAGAAGGAGGUUAAGAGUGGUGUUGAAAAGCUCCCACGACUACAGCGCAAAGGGGCCAUGAAAGUGAAGAUGGAGGAAUUUGCACACAAGAAGCAAGUCAUGGAACAAGAAUUUAUAGCCAAGCAGGCUGAGGAUUUGGAGCAAGCCAUGAAAAAUAUCACAAUCCAAAAUCGAAAGGAGAUCUGUGACAAGGAGCGUGAGUGCCUCGACAAGAAACAGUAUCUCAUGAGAGAAAAGGAAGCUACAAUCUGGGAUCUAGAAGAGCACCACCUGCAGGAAAAACACCAGCUUAUUAAACAGCAACUAAAAGAUCAGUAUUUCCUCCAGAGACACGAGCUGGUCCGUAAACAUGAGAAGGAGCGUGAGCAAAUGCAGCGGUAUAACCAGCGCAUGAUAGAGCAAUUGAAGAUUCGACAGCAGCAAGAGAAAGCCCGUCUUCCCAAAAUCCAGAGGACUGAAGGGAAGACCCGCAUGGCCAUGUACAAGAAGAGUCUCCAUAUCAGCUCCAGUGGAAGUGCCUCCGAGCAGAGAGAGAAGAUAAAACAGUUUGCACAACAGGAAGAAAAGAGGCAGAAAGCUGAGCGACAGCAACAGCAGCAGAAACAUGAGAUGCAGAUGAAGGAUAUGAGCGCCCAGUGUGAGAGCAACAUGAAUGAACUCCAGCAGUUGCAGAAUGAGAAAUGUCAUCUCUUGGUCGAACAUGAGACGCAGAAGCUGAAGGUUUUGGAUGAAACCUAUAAUCUCAACCUGAAGGAUUGGCGAGAUAAGCUCAGGCCACGAAAAAAGGCAUUGGAAGAUGAGCUGAACCAGAAGAAGCGAGAACAGGAGAUGUUCUUUAAACUCAGUGAUGAGACUGAUGGCCAGUCUCCAGCCUCACCCAACAAACCUGCCAAAUUUGUGCCAUUCAGCUCUGCGGAGGCUUCCUAGCCUUUGGAGUAAUGGGCAAGGCUAGCUAGAAAUUCUGCCUUUAUCCACUGGGGAAAAGUUGUCAAAAGUCAUGCCAGGAAUCCCUUUCCUCCUGUGCCAGCUUCUGCUCAGUUCCAUGUCUCCUGUUCAGUUGUGUGUGAGGCAACAAAUGUGGCCUGAGGUCUGCCCCUCUCAUCGGGCUUUCCUGGAGAGAAGGCAGAUUCCACUUCUCAGUGGCACUGGCUGGUGCUGACUAACUGCACGAGGAGAGCUGCAGUUGAGCUUCAAGCAGGAGAGCUAAUAGUAUGUCGUGUUCAGAGUUCAUGCUGUUUGCUGAACCCAUUCCCUGGCGACGGGUCUGACUGGUGGUCUCUCUUACCACCUAUUAAAGUGAUCAAUAUUAGCAACCUAAGAGAAGUUCUGUUACUUCUAAAUGCUGCCGUUAAGCCUGCCGCCUGUUACUUUUCCUAACCAGCUCUCCUGUGUGCUAAAGCCAGGCAUGACAGUUCAGUGGUGUCAGCUAACAGUGUGGCUUUGUCUAAUGGUUGGACUUUUGGCUACCUCAAGGCACAAGAGGUUCACCUGAGCGCCUUUCAAAAACAGAAUGAAAGAUUUCCUGCCUGAUUGAAGCCUCCAUCUCUUAACGGAGCGAAGGACUCUUUUCCCAUCUAGGCCUCCCCUUGUGAAUAUUUGUUCCUCAGCUUGUUUUGAAAUGACCCAGCACUUCUGGUGACUUGUGACACAAUUUCUGCCCUUUCUCAAAUGUAGGGUAGAGAUAUCGGGACCUAAAACAUGGAAGUAAAAUCUUCCAGUCCCCAAGCCCAGAGCUCUUUCCUGGCAAAUGAGGCAGUACAUUCCUACCCAGAGUGAAUAUCACAAGCUGUGAAGGCCUAAAUGUGCUUAAGAGCAAUGGAAAUUGCUGCCUGACUUGAGGAUGUGUGGAUUAGCAUUUCUACUCCCAACAAAUGGUUUUGAAUGAAUAUGCCUGACAAACAUCUAUGCAGUUAAGAUCCUGAAAUUAGCUUGGACUCUGAAGAGAUGGGUAUGUGUGUAAAGGUGCAGUCAGCCAACUGAUGACUGCCAGUAGUUUUUUAUGGUCUCAGAUUGCCAAGGUCUGUUCUCUUGCUGAGGGCUCAACAUUUGAAAGGGACAAGUGCAUUACACACCCUCUCUACUUAACUUGUUUUCCAUAUGAUGUUCUGCUAAAACAGAAUUGCCUUUCUGUGCCCUUCACUUUAGGCUCUUUGGAUACGGAUUGCCUCCUCUUCAGUUGUGUUGUAAUUGUUCUUUCCCUGUGAUGAUUAACAGGGAACUUUCUCUCCCCUAGCUCCUUUUCUUUCCCCAGGGCUAUUGGUUUAGGGGAAGGUCUGUGCUCAGGUUGUGGCAAGGAGCUGAUGUUUGCUAUACUAAUAAAUUAAAUAGAAAGAAAACCCCAAAUGCACAAUAUUGCAGCUGGCCUAGGGUUAAGUUGCUUUGUUUUGUGCCAUCUCGUGUGAUGUUUGGUUAAUAGCAAAUGCUAGUUUUUGUGGGUUUAACUCUGCUCUUAAACUAUAUUGUUUGCUGUGAUUAGAAAACAUGUUUUUGGCAUAAAGCAGCAUCUGCCUGAGAACUGCUUUGUGUAUGACUUUGUGGUUGCUCUGAGUAUGGAAGGAUCCAAAAGAGUCCAUGUAAGAAGAGCCACAUAUAGGGAAACAGAUGAUUACAUGUCUGAAAUACUAAAGAUCUUCAACAUUUCUUAGACUUUGAGAUUCUACAAAGGGCAUUUUUAACCAAGGAGGUAUAUUUUCCCCUAUUUGGUGAUUAAAAAUAUAUUGCAGAAGUUAUAAGGCUUUAUUCAUUUUGGCCAGUUUGCGUUUUUCUAUAAACUUAAAGCUGUUUGUGUCUUGUUGCUUUUCACAGUACAAUUCGCACAAUGUUAGAUAACCGCAUUUAGUAAUUUUUUUGAUUUUAUAAUUCAUUCAGAUAUAAAUGCAAGCAAAUGGUCUGCAUAGUUUAUUCUAUUUCAAACCACUAUGCAUUUAGGUGGCAACAUGGUCCAGUAUCUUUUUAUUGCACUCAAGGCCUGUUGCACUCCUAUUACACAAUUGCACUCAAGAGCUCUGCAUAAAUAGCUGAUUGCCCUCUGUGUGCUGAUUUGUUAGUCCUGAUUUGUUUUCCUUUCCUGAUGUACUGGCCUAUAAUAAAGUAGCCAAUAACUUUGACAGCAGAAAUUUGUCAGCUUGCUGGAAUGGAAACAGAGGUCUAGCAAACUUGGGGCUACUGGCUGUGAAUGCAGCCUUGUUCUGUAUUGAAUGAGGAUAUAUUAAAUGUCGGAAUCAAAAUUCUGUCUGACUAAAAUGUCUGCUUAACAGGUUCUGGAUUCUAGAGUGUGUAAAAGUCUAGAAAUUGCAUCUAGAGAGCACUGUCGCUUCUCACUACUGCUGUUAAAUCUUUGUUGAGAUACAGAACAGUGUGUGUGAGAGAAACUGGAACAAAUUGUUGUGCUCUAGGGAAUUCUUUAAGAAAAAAGCCAAAUGUUCUGACAGCAGUUUCUUUUCUAGCCGUAUGUUAUUUUAUAUCCUUUAUCAAUAAUUUGCAGUGUGUGUGAGCGUGCGCAUGCUACUACUCCAGAUCCUUUAUACAUCAGCCAUUCACUCAGCUGAUUAAUUGUAUGUUUGGCUGCAAAAUCAAACCAUGGUUGCUUAUCGAGAACUUAUGCAAAUACUGGAUACUUCUUUCUGUACCAGUCUGCUGUCAGAGGUGCUGUAACUUCACAAAGGUGCAAUAUUUACCUUGUGCCAAUGUUUCCAGAAAGUCUCCCCCCAACUUCCUUCUAAGGCAAGAAAAUGCUGCUUAUUUUCUUUCAAAUAACAUUUUCCUAAUCUAAAUAAAACCAGCUUAUAUUUGUUUGUUGGGACAAAGAGAUGACAUUUUUACAUUGGAUUUAAAUGAGUUUUUUAAAAAAAUGUUUUUUCUUUUGGGGGGUAACCACUGUUGUGAAUAAUCUGAUAAAGGAAGGCACUGCAUGUGUACAAUUGUCAAUUGUGGCUUCAGGUCAGCAGUGCUGGCGUCUUGUAUUUAUAUGUGAACUUGGCUUGGGUGUAAGGGAAUUUGAUCCCAGAAUUCUGCUCAUUUAAAUUUAAUGCAUCCCAAUCAACAGCUUUGAUGCUCUGAACAAAACAGAUUGUUCUUAAAUAUAUAUUUUGUUUCAUUCUGAGAGCUCCCUCUGUAUUGUUGUGUUGGUAAUAAACUAUUAAUUCUUCAAAA